GCCGCCGACGAGGGGCGAGCCGUGCGCGCUCCUCGGGGGCGCAUUCGCAGCCGAUCGCCACUGCCCGGCCCCGCUCCGCUCCGCUCCCCGCCCGCUGCUCCCCUUCGGGCUCCGCGAUGCUGCGCUUCCUGAGCGGCUUCGCGCUCCCGGGGGCCGCCUGCGAGGCGCCCGGGAAGAACGCGCGGUACGAGAACCUCUUCAAGAAGCUGGACCUCGAUGGGGACGGCCGAGUGGACAUCUCCGAGCUGCAGAGCGGCCUCCGGGCUCUGGGGCUGCCUCUGGGAGACGACGCGGAGAAGAAAAUUUUCAAAGCUGGAGAUACUAACCAGGAUGGCAGGCUUGACUUUGAAGAAUUUACACAUUAUCUUAAAGAUCAUGAGAAGAAAAUGAAACUGGCAUUUAAAAGUCUGGACAAAAACAACGAUGGAAUAAUUGAUGCAUCAGAGAUUGUGGCGUCCCUCAAGAUAUUGGGUAUAAAUAUUUCAGAAAAGCAGGCACAGAAGAUUCUCCAAAGCAUGGAUGCUGAUGGGACGAUGUCCGUGGACUGGAAUGAAUGGCGGGACCAUUUUUUGUUUAAUCCUGCUACAGACAUUGAAGGAAUCAUCCGUUAUUGGAAACAUUCCACAGUAUUGGACAUCGGAGAUAGUUUAACUAUCCCAGAUGAAUUUACUGAAGAGGAGAAAAAGAGUGGUCAGUGGUGGAAGCAGCUUUUGUCCGGAGGGGUUGCUGGUGCUGUCUCUCGAACAGGUACCGCACCGCUGGACCGCCUUAAAGUGAUGAUGCAGGUUCAUGGCUCAAAGGGGAAAAUGAACAUAAAAGGUGGAUUGCAGCAGAUGGUGAAAGAAGGUGGAGUUCGUUCAUUAUGGAGAGGGAAUGGGGUCAAUGUGGUUAAAAUUGCACCUGAAACUGCUAUCAAGUUCUGGGCGUAUGAACGGUAUAAGAAAAUGUUCAUUAAUGAAGAUGGAAAGAUAGGAACAGUGGAAAGGUUUAUAUCUGGUUCCCUGGCUGGAGCAACGGCACAGACUUCCAUCUAUCCUAUGGAGGUAUUGAAAACCAGGCUAGCUGUGGGUAAAACAGGACAGUACUCUGGAAUGGCUGACUGUGCCAAGAAGAUUUUAAAAAGAGAAGGUGUGAAGGCUUUUUACAAAGGGUAUAUUCCCAAUAUUUUGGGCAUAAUUCCUUAUGCUGGCAUAGACCUGGCAGUAUAUGAGGCUUUGAAGAAGACGUGGCUAGAAAAAUACGCAACUGAGUCUGCCAACCCAGGAGUAUUCGUACUGCUGGGAUGUGGUACCAUAUCCAGUACUUGUGGCCAGUUAGCCAGUUAUCCUCUUGCCCUUGUUCGCACACGAAUGCAGGCUCAAGCCAUGGUGGAAAGUGGCCCUCAGCUAAGCAUGGUUGGUCUCUUCCAAAGGAUUCUUGCUAAGGAAGGGAUCCUGGGACUAUAUAGAGGCAUAGCUCCGAACUUCAUGAAGGUACUCCCAGCUGUCAGCAUCAGUUACGUGGUGUAUGAAAAGAUGAAAGAGAACUUGGGGAUAGCAUGAAGAAAGGGGAGAACAAAGGCAGAGAUCAUUAUGGAAUAUGCAUACCAGAUGUAAUAGACCUGGAUGCUAAAUUCAUGUUUACAAUUGGAUACGAGUCCUGAGUGCAACGAGACUGUGGGGACCCUUCUCUUGAUGGAGGAGGAAGCCCACUUGGUACAGCCAUGAAUCAAGUACCCUUAAAAGAAAAUAAGACCCUCACAUCUCUCCUAACAAUAAAAAAAAUCCAAACAAUCAAAAAACAUCUGAUGGCUAAUGCAGUUGUGUGAUGGAAGAUAUUUAAGAAAUCAUCAUUAUUUUAAAAAUUAUUGGGUUAAAGAUAACAUUUUAGGUAGCAGACACAACAGCAUUAUCAAGCAUUGCAUUUGGCUCUUCAGAGUGAUAUGCUGUCAUUCAUAUACCAAAAAUAUAAUUUUGUCUUUGCCGUUUAUAUUCUGGAAUGAGGAAAUAUUAACAUGAUCAACUUUUUAAAAAGACCUUGAAAACAAUAUAGUGAACCGGAAUGGUACAAUGAAGUUCCUGUCACAUUUAUUCAUUUGAUUCCCUUUGUAACCUAGAAAAAAUGACAAAAUAUGCAAGGAACUACUUGUUUGUGUCUUGGUUAAAUAAAAUUUGUGUGUGCCAUUUGGA